UUUUUUUUAUGUACCAUGUGAGGUCUUCGACACCGUUUCAGAUGUUUGCUGUACUGUAUUUCACAAUGGAUAUUCCACGUUCAAGUAUUGCAGUGACUUUGCUGGCAGCUGUAGCAGUGACCUUAGUUUUCAAGUUUUGGUCAUCUUGGAGGAGGCCGAGGGCACCCAGAAUUAUGAGGCCGCGUGUGAAGAAUUUGGAAGAACUUAAGGACAGAAGCUGGCAGCUUGUUGGAAGGGUCUCCAAGGUAUAUUUGUAUCCCAUUAAAUCUUGUGCAGGGAUAUGCCUGGCCUCUGCUCAGGCUACUGAACUUGGCCUCAGCACUGGCACCAUCAGAGAUCGAUCUUUGAUCAUAAUGAAUGAAAAGGGUGUGAUGGUGACAGGUAGGAUGAUCCCAGCAACGGUAAAGAUACAAGCUUCUGUUGAAGAUGGUGUUCUUACUCUCGAGUUUCCAGGUGCUCCAACAUUCUCUGUUCAACUGUCACAAGUUGAGGAAAAGAACAUACAGAAAACUACAAGGGUAUGGGAUGACACAGUCCCUGGUCUCGACUGUGGAGAUGAGGCAGCAUCUUGGCUGAAGGAAGUUUUGGGUCGAAAGUGUCGCCUUCUUUAUCAUGGCAGCAUCCCUUCCCCAAGGAAUACCGACUUGGGGGAGGAAUAUCCACUCCUACGAGAUGAUGAUAAUUCUUUAUAUGCAGAUUUGACUGGAUACAUGCUAAUGACAAGGGAAUCCAUCGGAGAUCUAGAGACCAGAGUGAAGUCUCAUUUACCGCCUCAGAAUUUCCGUCCAAACAUCCUGGUGGAGGGGACUAAGGCUCCAUAUGAUGAGGACUUGUGGGAAUAUAUCAGGAUUGGCAAUACUCUUUUCAGAAAUGUCAAGCCUUGCUCCAGAUGUAUUUUCACAACAAUAGACUAUCAGACGGGAAAGAAGGAUUCUAACAUGGAACCACUGCGCACUCUCAGGAGUUACAGAUGUGUAGGAGGAGAUAACAGUCCGCAUUUUGGAAUCAACUUGGGAGUUGACAUAACAGGAACUAUUAAUGAAGGAGAUGCUGUGUAUGCAACUUAUUUGAAUUGAACUUUUUUUUUUAUCCCAGUGUUAAGUUAAUGAAUUUUGAUUUCUUCAUAUUUUGUAUGAAUUAUUGACAUAUAAUGUUGCUGCUAUGAUUAUAUAUAUAUAUAUAUACCUUUAGUUUAUUUUUGUUCAUGUUACUUUUUAUACAGUAAGUAUUGAAGAGCAAUUACAGAACAUUUGUGUUGACAUUUUCUUUUAUAUUCACAUAAUGUUGAUUACAGCAGAGAUGGAUAAUGUUUUUGUUUAGAUUUUAAAGCUCAGUACUUGAAUAUGUAAUAAAGGUAAAAAAUAAAUAUGUAUUCAUAUAAGCAGUAUUUUUUAUGUCUUUAGAAGUGCCAACAUUGAUAUUGUAGCUUUUAUCAUUUGUAACUUUUAAGCUAUUAAAGCUUACAAGACAAUGGGAGUA